CGAAAAUCUUGUACCGCUGGUCAUCUCUGCAACGCCAGUCUGUGCGUGUUGUUCUAGCUGAAGUUACGCCUAUUUCUCACACAAACUUCACCAAAACUGAUAGAGGAAUCGCAAAGGUUACAAGAUGUCUUUUUUUGCCAAGAAAUUAAUCUGUGGCAUACUUGAUGUUGUCAGCAACAUCGACCCUUCCCAGUUUGCAUCUUCUGACCCACCUCCUCCACGAAGACCAGCUGUGUUUGCAGAGCAACAUGAGUCCGAUGAGGAAAGACAGUUCCGUCGUGUCUUCCAACAACUUGCUGGAGAUGACAUGGAAGUGAGCCCAAAUGAACUGAUGAACAUCCUAAACAGAAUCAUUGGAAAGCAUGGAGACCUGAAGACAGAUGGUUUCAGUAUUGAGAAUUGCAGGAGCAUGGUGGCGGUCAUGGAUAGUGACAGCACUGGAAAACUUGGCUUUCACGAAUUCAAAUACCUCUGGAACAACAUUAAAAAAUGGCAGGGAGUGUACAAGGCUCACGACACAGAUCGCUCUGGUGUCAUUAGUGCAAGUGAGCUGCCUGGUGCUUUCGCAGCUGCAGGUUUCCGCCUCAAUGAUGCCAUGUACGAGAUGAUCAUCCGCAGAUACAGUGAUGAAAAUGGGGACAUGGAUUUUGAUAAUUACAUUGGCUGCCUUGUGAGACUGGAUGCUAUGUGUCGUGCCUUCAGAACCCUGGAUAAAGACAAUAAUGGGACAAUCAAAGUUAAUAUUCAGGAGUGGCUUCAGUUGACCAUGUAUUCUUGAGUCCAGGUGAUGCCUCCUCUUCUGCUUAUUAUACAACACUACUUUUCUCUACACAGCACCAUCUUUUUUUUCAAUAGUCUUUCCAACUUCAGUUAUUAAGCAGGGCCAUUGUGUGUGCAGGUUUAAAUUGAAUGGUGCUACAAUAUGUUGUACUUCUGUCACAUCUACAUGCAAGGUUUCACGACUGUAUUAAACUGCACUCACAAUGGGACCCUUAUGUAAACACAAUUCAGGUGCAUAAACUUAGGCCUUGUACUUUGCUGACUUUAGAUGUAAUCCACAAUGUUUGUUAUGCAUUUCCUCUUACUGUUCUGUAACCCCUCACACCAAAAUGACAUGAGAAGAGCAAACGUGCAGAAUCAUCAAAAAAAUCAUCUUUUUUAUUUAUUCUGGGCCAUUUUUUUCUCCAAAUAUGUGUUUGAUCUUAAUUGAACUGCACCUCCUGACAACUAUAACAGUCAAAAAAUUCAAACCCUUCAAUGUUUUUCUGUGAGGAGAGACUGACCAAAUGGAUCUCUAGCUAAGCUGAGCGGUUGAUGGAAAAAUACAACAUCAAUAGUGGGUUAGACUAAUUCUUUGUAUGUGGAUUAUCACACUCAACAGAAAUCAUAACAGUGUUUGCAUUUGUGUGUGUGUGUAGCACUAAUAUUGUGACUUACUAAGGCAGUCCCUGCUCUGGGUUCAGGCGCUUCUUGGGGCAGAUCAUGACAACAACAAUAACGAAGAGUCAUUAUAAACAUACGGCACAUACACAGAAAUAGUCUAACCCCCUAGUCAUGUUGUAAUUUUCCAUCAGCUGUCGUGGUUGAUUUUUUUGUCUAAACUGACACAUAUAUCAUCUGUUUUCCUUGACGUGUAGCGUACUAUACGUAGGUGUGCACAUAUUGGUUGGUUGAAGUUUCUGUCACUGUAGGAGUUAGUUUUGUUUGUAUCAGUACUUGGGGAAAAAAGGGAUAAGAAUGCAUGUGUGUUUGGUCCAUGGUUUGACCUCAUGACAGACUGUAAAAGUGCUGUAAAUGAGUUUCACCUGAUGCUACACCUCAAACUGUCACUUGUCUCACAAACCGGUCAUUUUAGACCUGAUUAGAUGGUGUCAUAAUUUGCUACUUUGUGGAUAAGAUGUUAAAGGUCAUUCAGAGGUCAUUUAUUCAGUGGACUGAGCCAGUUCUCCCAUCCAUUCAGACAGAUCAGCCUCUGAUCAGGGUCAUGACCUGUUUACAUGCAGAGAUCUGAAUCUUAUGUCUUAAAUCAGGAAAUCACUGGACAAGUUGCUCUGUUGUUGCACAGUUCUUUUGCAAGGGAAUUUUUUAUUCUUUUCAAUAUAGUGUAUAUUUUUGACCAUACCUUUGACAAACGCCAGAUGUGUUUUAUGUAUUGAAAACUAAUGAAUAUGAGACAAAAUAAAUAGAUUUACACAUAAGUUA